CACGCACAAAAACAGCUGUUGCUGAAUCGUAAAUAGACGCUGUUUUUACUUAUACACCCUAAAUUGCUUGUUAGUAGCUACAUUUCGACCAAAAAAUGUCGUCGGCAAUAUAUUUGGAAAACUAUCUGGAUGGCCUGGAGAGUCUGCCCACGGAGCUGGAGCGAAACUUUAAGUUGAUGCGGAAACUGGACGAUCGCGCCCAAACGGCAAUGAAGAGCAUUGAUAGCCAUGCAAAGGACUUCAUGCGAAAGCUGGGCGAAAACGGGGCCAUGAGCGACGAGGAGCGCAAGGAGCGCCAGGAGGACAUAAAGGCGCUGUUUGGCAAAGCCAAGGAGUACAGUGACGACAAGGUCCAGCUGGCCAUACAAACAUACGAACUGGUGGACAAGCAGAUACGCCGCCUGGACAACGACCUGGCCCGCUUCGAGGGCGAGAUCCAGGAGAAGGCUUCCUCCACGCGUGCCAAAUCCGAGGAAGUGGUGGCCAAGAAAGGUCGCAAAAAGACUAAGGACAGCAAGACGGCGGGCAAAAAGAAGAAGUCCGCCUCAUCGGACGAGGACACUGGGCGUGGCAGCAACCAGACCAACGCCAAUUCCAGCCUCAAUUCGAGCAGCAAUGCAGGGCAAGGUACCAAAAAGAAAAAGUCCAAGGUAAAUCAAGAAAAAGAAACUCGCAAGGGGGGCGCACAAAAGAAAACCGUCGAGGUGGAUGACUCAGAGAAGGAGUCGUGCCACACGGCCGCCACGCACCCCAGCGACGUUAUGGACAUGCCCGUCGACCCCAAUGAGCCAACGUAUUGUCUGUGCCACCAGGUGUCCUAUGGUGAGAUGAUUGGCUGCGACAAUCCCGACUGCCCCAUCGAGUGGUUCCACUUUGCCUGCGUUGGCCUUACCACAAAGCCAAAGGGCAAAUGGUUCUGUCCCAAGUGCACGCAGGACCGAAAGAAGAAAUAGUUGCAAUCUCUUAUAAGAACGUAGAAUACAGCUAGCCUAAGUACUAAUUUAAAUAAAGUUUUGGCAUGUUACUGUCAAUA